AUGCAUAAUCGCUUAUUGGUAUUAUGGCUGGUUUUGGGCAUCACCGCAGCAUCGGGAAUAGCCUAUCCAGAUAUAGCCUCAGUAUGUCGGAUUUCCGAUGCCUGGCAAAUGCUGCCCCAUGAGUUCAAUUGCCAACGGUUCUAUGUUUGCACUGGCGACGAGGAGCUGCCCUUCCAGGAGUUUAGCUGUCCGGCGGAGUAUCAUUUUAGCAAGAAGCUGAUGAUUUGUGUGCCCGGAUCCUGCUCCGAUGAGUCCUUGUUGUGUGGACUAGCCAACAGUGUACAGCGAGUUAAAGACGAUUGCUUGCAAUACAGACAAUGCCUCGAGGAUGGAGCCUUCGCUGUGGCCAAGUGCUCUGCAGGAAACUACUUCGACCCGGGCCGCAGAGCAUGCCUUCCCGUGGCCAUAACUGCAGCCCAUCAGUGCAGCUGUGUUCUGCCGGAUAAUGCCACCUUGUCCAAUCCCAGCGACUGUGAGACAUAUUUCCGCUGUCACUCUGGGCAGGCUGAGCUGGUGCAGUGUCCAUCGGGAGCUUACUUCAACGAGGACGUGGGUAGCUGCCUGCCGGAUCACUCGGGCAUUUGCCUGGAAAAGCCCACAAUGCCGCCGACGCUGACGGAACAGGCUCUCGCUCUGGACGAAUGCAUCCGGACGGGUAGCCGCCUGGCGCCGCACAGCCGUGAUUGCCAGCGAUACUAUGUGUGUGCCAGGAAGCGGGUGCUGGAGAUGCGCUGUCCACGGGGUCAGUACUUCGAUGCUGUUCAGCGAUACUGUAGUCUUGACUUGGGCAACGACUGCCAGAAGGCGCAUGUGGUGAAGGAAAAGCUGGAGCAGGAGUCGGAAAAGGAGAAAGAAGUGGCCGUGAUGAACGUCCCAGUCAAAAAUGAAGUGAAGAUUGAGGUGCCCCAGCCAAUUCAGAAAAAUGUUGAAAAAGAGGUGGUCCAUCAUAAAGACAAUCCAGAGUCGGAGACCAAUGCCAAACAGCCGCAGUCUCCAUUGGAGGUAGUCAGCAACUACGACAAGUUCUCUUCCAAGUUCAUUUCAUUAUAAGCGAUUGUUUUAAGCGAUCAAUCUAAUAAAUAAAGCAAUAUCUAACUUCUAAAAAGUAAUUACA